AUGACCAAGGAGACCACCCCGCCUCACCCCGACUCUCACCAGCCUACCACCCGCGAACCCCCCUCCCUGCCCACCUCGCCGCUCGCAAAACGCACCAAGACCGACGCCGCUGCCAUGACUGCCUCCACGGGGCCCGCUAUUUACACCCCCGAAGUGACGGUCGUCGAGGAACUCGAGGAGAGUGUCCGCGGUGGAGGCGGAUUCGGCAGCACUGGUGCGUGA